AUGGAGAUGAGUUGUAACGAAAGUAAUAAUACAUCAAGCUGUACAAACUAUAAUAAAAACAAUCCAAACAUAGAUAUUGAUCCGAUCAGUCUACGCGAAAAGUGUACUUCAACGAAGUGUGUAGAAAACAGCCGUAGUAACGAUCUAACUGAUGUUUCAUUGUUUAAUGAACCAAAUACUCUAAACACAAUGUAUUCUUAUCACAAUGAAAUGCAAAAUAGUAAAUCAUUAUACAACAGAAUAGAAAAUUCACAAGUUUUUAACAAUGUAUCUGUAAAAUCUACAGAAAAUGGAAUUUAUUCAUUGGUUUCAUCUAUCAGGAAUAAAUCGGAUUUGCCUUUACUACCAACACAUCAAUUUACUAUUCCACCUUCGGUACACUCAGCUACAAGAAUAAAUGAUUUUUAUAGUUUUUCAUCGUUACUUUCCAAUUCCACUCUAUGGUUAUCUCAUUUGAUGAGGAAUAGUCAGCUAUCGGUACCUUCUUCAAUGAAUUCGAUGAUAUGGCCCAAUACCAGUUCAGAUGUCAAACAUUGUACGGAAGAAAUGAGAAGUUCCAAUUGGUAUUCAGAUUUUAAAAAUAUGAAAACAUUAAAUAAAAAUGAUAAUCAUGGUAUUACGCUUUCAAAUGAUGAUUUUCAACCGUUUUCGAACACAGCGUUUAAUCCAAUGCUGAUUAACAAAACACCAACACAAGCAGAUCUUGCAAUCGAACAUUUGAAUUCCACUGAACAAAAUAUAUAUGAUCGUCUUGACCCAUAUAAGUUGCCUAAACCUGACUCAACUUCAGAUCAAUCUGUGACUGAUGGUAUAAAUGAAUUUACUUCAAAAUUUCGUGACGUUAAACGCGUCAGUCAUAAUGGAUUAUAUUGUAUUGUUUGUGGUGACAUUAGCAGUGGGAAACAUUAUGGUAUUCUAGCAUGUAAUGGUUGUAGUGGAUUUUUUAAACGAUCGGUUAGACGAAAACUUAUAUACAGAUGUCAAGCUGGAAAUGGUUUGUGUAUUAUUGAUAAAGCUCACAGAAAUCAAUGUCAAGCAUGUCGAUUGAAAAAAUGUAUACGUAUGGGUAUGAAUAAAGACGCUGUUCAGAAUGAACGCCAACCAAGGAAGAGUUCACACUUUACUGCUCAAGGUAAUCCAAUACCAUCUAAACGUCAAACAGUAGGGAUGCUGCACUCACCAAAUGAUAAAACAUUUAGUUCAGAAUCUGAUCAUCAUCAAAUGACAAACAAUAAGCAGUUUGAGGAAUCAAUGAGCAUACCUAAAGAUAGUUCAAACAACAGUAUUUCUUCUGAAUAUACACCGCUCAAUGAAAACAAUCUGUCCGAGAGUAUUAACAAUGCUGAAAAAAGUUUUACAAACGAAUCAGAAUGGAAUCAAACAGACUGUUUUAGGCAACAUACCAAUAUAUUAAAACGAUCGAACUCAUUGCAUCACAGAAGAAUGUCAAACAGGAAAUGUACCAAUAAGAUAGGGGCUUUCAAUGAACUGAAAUCGGUUGAUACAGCUAAACUUCAUCAUUAUAUGAUGAGAGACAAUUUACCUUUCUACCUAACUAAUGUCCAACCAAAUAAAUGCUCAUUCACCACUGAAAACUCAAACACAUUUUCUUUCAUUCCAUCGGUUUCUGUGACGGAUGAUAUGGCUAACUGCCAACCAUUUUAUAUGAAGCAUUUACAAACAGUUAAGUUACCAGUAUCGGAGCCAAAGAAUACAGCAGCAGAUAACUUGAAUCAUGAAACCCCUGUACCUUCAUCGUCUUCUUAUUCAGAUAUAAAAAUGCAAAAUUUCUACCUACAUUUACUAAAUAUGUUCAAUUUAUCUAAAAAUCUCAGAGUCACAAAUCGAGAAAACCUAAGUUUAAAUAUAAAUGAUCCAAAUGAUGGUGAAUCCGGAAAUAGUUCGGAAUGUACAAACAAUUUACCAGAAAUUAAGCAUCAGAAAACUUCCGAAAAUUUCACUAGUUGCAUGGAAAAUAAAGAUGCUGCCUUAAGCUUUAACAAUAUUUUGAAAAAUCUUCAUAAUAAUUAUUUAAGUGACUGUAUUUAUGAUAGCAAUGGAAUUUUAAAAUUAAAAACUACAAACAUUUUACCUCUGAAUAAUUUCAAUUCUAUGCUAACUUCAAAUAGUUAUUUUUCCAGUAGUGACAGUUCUUCCCGUUUCCUUAAUAACAAUAACCAAGACGACACUGGUUCACUAGUCUGUCAAGAAUCAAGAAAUAAAAAUUCAACUGAAUCAGAUAAACAGAACAUAGAUGAAAUGGAAAUUGGAGACUUAUUUCUGAAUAAAACAGUCCAGCAAUUUGAAGAGUAUAUGAAAGCCUUCAGUUUACAAACAUCAUUAGCCGCAACUAAGUGUAGUGAAACUAAUAAUCUUAAUCCAAGUGAUAAAUCACCGAACAAAAGUUUUUAUUUAACAAAUCCAAAUAGUGGUACCAUAUCCGAUGAAUUUCAGUCUUCAUUUAGCGUCUUUCCAAUGUGUAUCAAGAACAGUCUCGAAAAAUGGCUUCAUGUUCAAUCAGCAGAACAACUUCAAAAUUCAAAUGAAGUUUCGUCUCAAUUAAAAUCGGACUAUGCAAAUCAAGCAAAUGCUUUCAUUGACUAUAUAUUCGAAUCACAUAGUCCAGUAACGAGAUAUCCUUGGAAUCAAACCGUAAUACAAAAACUGUUUUCAGAGGCCUUUUAUCCACUGAUAGAAAAACUUCUAAAUUGGGUAUUUGGAAUUCCGAAUUUCGCUAACCAAUCUAAACAAGAUCAGAAAAUCUUAUUUUCUCAAUCGUGGAUAAAUGUACUUGUGUUAUUCUGGUUAGAAAGUCAACAAAAACAACAAUCACAAGGCAGCUUAUGGAAUCCAAAUGUCACUAAAUGUCAAUUCACUGAGAGCUUUUGGAGUUCAUCAAAAGAUUUAUAUGAAGAAUUUCGUAAUAUUCAGCCCGAUAUCACUGAGUUGAACUUAUUGAGAAUGAUACUACUCUUUAAUAAUGUUGAUGCAUCAGAAGUAUCCAACAGAGAAACGAUUGAGUCUGUUCAAAAACAAUUAAGAUUGCAAUUAACCCAAUACGAAUGGAUCACUCAUCCUAAUAAUAUAUCAAGAUGCAAUCAACUCUUGCUUUUCAAUACAUCAAUUCAAAAACUAGAUAAAACAAUAUUCAAAGAAUGUAUUUUCAUUGAAAACACUUCUGAUAGUCAAUGA